AUGUUGUGGGUCCCGUGGUGGCGUGUCGGGGCGCGGAUACGCGGCUUGCGCGGCGGGCUCCAGGCCCCCGCCGAAAGCGGUCGGCGGGGCGUGGUCUCCUGCAUCGAUCCUUCUACGGGACUAAACGAAGAGCAGAAAGAGUUCCAGAAAGUGGCCUUCAACUUUGCUGCCCGGGAGAUGGCGCCAAACAUGGCAGAGUGGGACCAGAAGGAGCUGUUCCCAGUGGAUGUGAUGCGGAAGGCAGCCCAGCUGGGCUUUGGGGGGAUUUACGUACGGACAGAUGUAGGAGGGUCUGGACUGUCACGGCUCGACACCUCUGUCAUCUUUGAAGCCUUGGCCACAGGCUGCACCAGCACCACAGCCUACAUAAGCAUCCACAACAUGUGUGCCUGGAUGAUUGAUACCUUUGGAAGUGAGGAACAGAGGCACAGGUUUUGCCCUCCACUCUGUACCAUGGAGAAGUUUGCUUCCUACUGCCUCACUGAACCAGGCAGUGGGAGUGAUGCCGCCUCCCUCUUGACCUCCGCCAAGCGACGAGGAGAUCAUUACGUGCUCAGUGGCUCCAAGGCCUUCAUCAGUGGUGGAGGUGAAGCAGACAUCUAUGUGGUCAUGUGCCGAACAGGAGGACCAGGCCCCAAAGGCAUCUCAUGCAUAGUUGUCGAGAAGGGCACCCCUGGCCUCAGCUUCGGCAAGAAGGAGAGAAAGGUGGGGUGGAACUCACAGCCGACCCGAGCGGUGAUCUUUGAAGACUGUGCUGUCCCCGUGGCCAACAGGAUCGGGGACGAGGGCCAGGGCUUCCUCAUUGCCAUGAGAGGACUGAACGGGGGGAGGAUCAAUGUCGCGUCCUGCUCUCUGGGCGCUGCUUACGCUUCGGUCAUCCUCACCCGAGACCACCUCAAGGUCCGGAAGCAGUUUGGAGAGCCCCUGGCCAGUAACCAGUACCUGCAGUUCAAACUGGCAGAUAUGGUGGCCAGGCUGGUGGCCUCACGGCUGAUGAUCCGCAACGCAGCUGUGGCUCUGCAGGAGGAGCGUGAGGAUGCAGUGGCCCUGUGCUCCAUGGCCAAGCUCUUCGCUACAGACGAAUGCUUUGCGAUCUGCAACCAGGCCCUGCAGAUGCACGGGGGCUACGGCUACCUGAAGGACUGCGCGGUCCAGCAGUACAUGCGGGACUCCAGGGUCCAUCAGAUCCUUGAAGGCAGCAAUGAAGUGAUGCGGAUACUGAUCUCAAGAAGCCUGCUGCAGGAGUAG